CGCGUGGGAUUGAGUCCUCCCCCACGACGAACACGUUCCGUCGUGCGUAGCUUGUCUUGUCUCAUUGUCCCUCCCAUUCAAAGUUCAAACCUUAGGAAUUUUCGAAAUUCAAGAGAGAGAAAGGUAGUAAGAGAAGAGAGAGAAAGUUAGCAGAAUUUCCAUGGCUUCAACCAAGGAACGUGAAAACUUCGUCUACAUCGCCAAGCUCGCUGAACAAGCUGAACGCUAUGAAGAAAUGGUGGAAGCAAUGAAGAAUGUGGCGAAGCUAGAUGUUGAGUUGACAGUGGAAGAGAGAAACCUUCUAUCAGUUGGCUACAAGAACGUAGUGGGUGCUCAUAGGGCUUCAUGGAGGAUUCUAUCCUCAAUUGAGCAUAAGGAAGAAUCUAAAGGGUAUGAUGUGAAUGUGAAGAGGAUAAAGGAGUAUAGACACAAGGUGGAAUCUGAAUUAUCCAAUAUAUGCAGCGAUAUCAUGUCUAUUAUUGAUGAUCAUCUUAUUCCGUCGUCCUCUGCUGGUGAAUCUAGUGUCUUUUUCUAUAAAAUGAAAGGGGAUUAUUAUCGGUAUUUGGCGGAAUUUAAGAACGGUGAUGAACGAAAAGAGGCUGCUGAUCAUUCCAUGGAAGCAUAUCAGACUGCUUCCACUGCAGCAGAAGGGGAGUUACCUCCCACGCAUCCCAUUCGAUUGGGCUUGGCUUUGAACUUCUCUGUCUUUUAUUAUGAAAUUUUGAACUCUCCUGAAAGGGCAUGUCACCUUGCUAAGCAGGCAUUUGAUGAAGCAAUCUCUGAGUUGGAUACUCUUAAUGAGGAGUCUUACAAAGACAGCACAUUGAUUAUGCAGCUUCUAAGGGACAACCUCACAUUGUGGACUUCUGACAUCCCUGAAGAUGGAGAUGAGGAACAUAAGGUGGAAUCUUCAGGAGCUGUUGGAGGUGAAAAUGCAUAGUGAAGAGAAGCAGAUAUAAGCUAGGAAUUUGCGGUGUGCAUACAAGAAGGCUACUCUGUUGACACCUUUGAGUGUUUAUCAUUAUGAUGUUGUGAUAAGAGCAUGAAGUUCGUUGCAUGAAGUCGAGGUUGCAUGGUGUUUGACUGUAAUUUAACGUUUGCUUCGUUUUGACGGUACAUAUCUGCAAAAGGGAUGCUGACUUAAAUUAUACUGGGAUACCAUUAAAAAUGUGUCCUUAUAAAUAUAAUGUUGAUUUCAAAAUAUAUUUAUUAUUAUUAUUUUAAAUUUUAA